AUGAAUGAAUACCAUAAUAGUACCAUUUCAUCGGGUAAUGAAUUAAAUGACCGAGGACUUCAAUUCCUCAAUUCAGGAAAAUAUGACGAAGCAAUAAAUUACUUCAAUAAAGCGAUUGUGAGGAAUCCAUCGGUUCCUGCAUAUUUCACUAACAGGGCGCAAUGUUAUUUGAAGUUACAGCGUUGGGAAUCUGCUUGUCACGACUGUCGGAAUGCUAUAGGUUUAGAUUCAAAUCAUGCUGAAGGUUACCAUUUCUUAGGUUUAGCUUUAUUAGAAUUACAACGUUAUGAUGAAGCUAUCAAAAACAUAUUAAGAGGUUAUUUUGCUGCCAUGGAGCAAAACCAAGUGUCUUUCAAAAAUAAUGAUACUUGUAAACAAGUCGAAUCAGCAAUAAAUAAAAGACGAGCCUCUCAAGGCAAGAAACCGAUCGUCGUUGUAGGGUUCUCAACCAGGGUCAGUUUCUAA